GCCCAGCCCGGGCAGCUGGAGGGAAGGAAGCCAUGGCCCAGGGGCCGGAGCCUGAAUUUUACCUGAAGUGGAAGCACUGUGAGACGCCAGGCGUGAAGACCCUGUGCAAUCUGAAGAAACUUCUGAACCGGCUUCAGAAAGACCACCAGGAGGACGUCUCCCUGUACAUCUCUGGACACCUGAACCCCAACAAGCUCUACCGGCCUCCCGAGACGGUCUUACAGCACUGGCCCAAUGCCAACCGGCCCCGGGAGCAGCGUGUCUUUGGGGUGGGAGAGCCGCCUGCAGGACAGGUGGCAAGGAUGAAGGAGGCCCUGGCCCGCUUCACCAUACACACGGCGCUGGUCCCCAGCGAUGCCCAGGACACGCCAUUGUUCAGGUACCUGAACCCCCAGGCCUCUCUUGCCCACACUUCAGAGGAGGAUCUCCUUCCAGUGGUGGCUCCUGGAGAAGGGACGGAGGAGACGCACAGAGGCCCACCUGGAUGGCGCGGGAGGGAAGAACUCUGGCUGCCCGACAUGAAGGUGCUGCAAUACCAGGAGGCCGGGCUCAGAGGCACCAGGGACCAGCACCGCUAUGUCAGCUCUUACCUGGCUGGGGUCACCAAGGCCGACAGCUACAGGAUGUUCCUGCGCUUCCAGAAGGAAGUGCUCGCCAAGCAAGAUCUCCUGGAAAAUGACUUCACUGGGAGCAAGGUGGCCAAGGGCCAUGAGAGAAAGCUGCAGCAGGAGCUCCAGAAAAUGCACACAUGCAGCCCUCAGCCGUUCAACAGACUGCACGUCUUUGGAAAAGUCUUUGAAGAUAUUUGCAAGAGUUCUUUGAUAUUUGGUGAUCUCUUGAAAGAAAUUAAGGAUGAAUACGAACUCUACAUGGCGACGCUCCUGGAGUCCCAGCCCCCAGCAGAGUACGAGGCUCUUCUGGCUCAACUCGAGGGGCUGGAGCAGAGGCCAGUGAAGACAGCAGAUGUGGAUCUCGCCAGGGAGGAGCUGAGGAUGCUCGUGAAAGCCAUCAAAGCAGCCCUGGAGCGCAACGACAGACUCAGGAGUGAACUGGCGAUAGAGCGGGCAUUGCUGCAGUCUGCGAAGAAACGAUCAGAAUCAUCUAAGAAACAUAUAAUUGAUGAGAACCAACUUACUCUUAUUGAGAAGGUUGAAAAGAAGAGGUGUGAAAUACUCAAUAAGUGGGAUGAGAUACAAGCUCUGGAAAAAGAAAUUAAAACAACUUUGGUACAUAUUGGAGUUUCAGAUAUCAUUGAGAAUAAAAUUAAAAGCAUAGAGCAAGAAGUUAUAAAAUUUGAAACGGAAAAUACAAUGUUAAAGAAGAAAAUAAAAGUUAUUGAAAGCAACGUGAAGAAGACCAUGGGAAGGAUCACUGAAGAGGGGCAGGAGGGACUUUGGAAAUUUAUCAAGGAAUUUGUAAAAUUAGAAGAAAUAGAAGAUAACUUCUAGAAAUAGAAGAAAUAGAAGCGACUGAAUAAAUAGCCAAUGAAAAUUCUUGUAUUCCAUGUAUUUAGCGUGGUUGUUUGCAAAUGUAUAUACAUUCAUAAAGAUACAUUUCAUUUCAUCAGCUUUAAUCUCUAGUAAGAUUAAUGUUGUAUAUGUAUCCUACUCAGAAUACUGAA